AUGACAACUGCACAAGCUAUGGGUGCUAAAUAUAAAGCUAUUAAAAGCUAUGUAAAACCCUAUAUUUUUUUUCAAUCUAAUCUGCCAUCAACAGAUGAAGAUGAAGCGAAAAAUGCAUUUAUAUCAACACGUUUAUAUUUUGUUACAUUAAUCGUCUCACUCAUCGUUCUCGUUCUUUAUACAACACUAUUACCACGGAUAAAAACUAUUACAAUUAAAUCACCAACUAUUGAACAAUAUACAAAAUUAUACGAGAAAUAUCCUCAAACAUUAACUUGUCAAUGUUCAUCUAUUUCAGUAUCAUAUGGAACAUUUAUACAAUUAUCACUUAAAUAUCAUCAACUAUGUUCAAGUCAAUUUAUUACCGAGGAAUGGAUUGAAUAUUUGAAUACUAUAUCAUCAGAUCAACUUUAUUAUCGUGAUUUUCGUCGUGUUGGUGGUUAUUCAUUUCAAUUAUUAUCUCGUUUAUGUCAUAUAGUACAACAAACAAUCAACAGUGAAUUAUUAAUAUUUCAAUCAACAUCUUAUAUCACACCGUCACUAGUAUCACUGGAAGUAUUUACUACACAAACUGAAGUAUUUAUAAAACAAUUUCAAUUAUCAACUAUCAAUACAUUUUUGCGCGAAUUCAAUUUUAUACAAAAAUCAAUACAAGGUAAUGGUCUAAUGUCUGGUUUAUUAACAAAUAUUGAAUUAAUCGAUAGUUACGAUUUUCGUUAUAUAUUUAUAAAACCAUCAAUAUUUGUCAAUAAUAAUUUAACAUGCUCAUGUGAUGUUACACUCAGUUGUAUUGAACCAUUAGCAAUAUAUGGCGAGAACAGUUUAACAACAACAUUUAUAUUACCCAAUUUCUAUUUAGGUUGUUAUAUAGUUAAUUCAUUGUUACAAUCAACAUUGGAAUGUUUUUUUGAUCAACAAUGUAUAAAUCAAAUACAGGCAUGGAUAGAAAUGGAUUUCAAUAUAACAUUACUUAAUUCAUCGAUAUCAAGUCAAUAUCAACGAAACACGACAAUUCAAGAAUUAGUUGAUCAACUAAUGAUUGAACAAUGGUCAUCAGCAACAUCAUACAGCAGUUAUUAUGAUAAAUGCCAUCCAACAGAAUGUACAUAUUCUUAUGUAUAUUCAUUUGAUAUUCUCUAUACAAUAUCCACACUUAUUGCAUUGAUUGGUGGUCUCACAAAAAUAUUAAGAGUAAUCGUACCAAAUUUAGUUGCAUUAAUAAGUAGGAAAACGACAUUACACGCCGAUUACGGUAAGAAAAAAUAUUUAUAG